AUGACGCCUCCACAAAAAGUGCAGCAAUGGUUAACAGGCCAAGACGGACUGGACAAACUCAGAAUGGGACAGACUGAUUGUCCGACUCCCGGUGAAGAUGAGGUACUCGUUGAGAUACACUCUGUGAGCUUGAACUACAGAGAUACAGAGGUAUGCAUGGGGCUUUAUAACCACCACAAAUCCGUGGAACAUCCAUCUGCACUUGUUCCAUGCAGCGACAUGUGCGGCGUUGUCGUUGCAGUUGGUCCGUCGUCUAACAAUACAUCCGACCGCUUCAAGAACCCAAUGUUCCGUCUCCAGAGCGGCGAUCGAGUGAUAAGCACAUUUGCGCAAACCCAUAUCUCCGGUCAAGUUGAAGCCAAAGAUGUCGCAAGCGGACUUGGGGGUCCUGCGCCAGGCGUGUUGACCCAGUCCCGUGUCUUCCCAACGUACGGUGUUGUUAAGGUCCCUGAGUACCUAUCCGAUGACGAAGCUGCUUGUUUGCCAAUUGCUGCAUUGACAGCAUGGAUGAGUAUCAACUGCAUGCGAAGAAACGGCGAUAUUAUCGGCAAGGGUGAAAGCGUUGUGUGUCAAGGUACUGGCGGAGUGAGCAUCUCCGCUGCUCAGAUCGCGGCUGCAGCAGGCGCAGAUCCUAUCCUCACUUCGUCAUCAGACGAGAAGCUCAAGCGCGCAAAGGCAUUGGGUGCGAAAGAAAUCAUCAACUAUCGCAGCAACCCCGACUGGGAUCAGGCAGUCUUGCAAAAGACCAAUGACCGCGGCGCAGAUGUUGUCAUCGAAGUUGGCGGCGCGCAGACGCUUCGCAAAUCUUUCGAAUGCGUGCGCUUUGGUGGUCUGAUCUCAUGCAUUGGAUAUUUGAGUGGCAAACAGGACGAAGCCGGCGAUCGAACGAAUACCAAUCUACUCUGCCUGAAGAGGAAUGUCACUCUGAAGGGGAUCCUAAACGGACCAAGAGACGAGCUGGAGCGGAUGCUGAAGUUUUAUGACGAGAAAAAGAUCCGGCCUGUUGUUGACAGAGUGUUCCAGUUUGAAGAGGCAGAUGAAGCCCUGAAGUAUCUCUUCAGUGGUGGACAUUUUGGUAAGGUCGUUGUCAGAGUAAAGUCGUAG